AUGGGGGAGGAAGAGAAGGGCGUUCCCACCGACGAGGAGAGCUUCAAAAAGAAAAAGAAGAAACUUCGCUUCUCUGGCGCCCAAGAAGAAGAAAAAGAGGAAACGGUGGUGGAAGAAGAAGUUUUCGGGGAAGAAGAGCAUCAGCACCUUGAAACGCAUCAACACAAAGAACAUCAUAGCCACAAAGAAUUUCACGAAAGAAAAGAAGAAAACGAAUUUUCAAUGCAACGAAGAGACACCCUUAUUCACUUCCAAGAAUUCAAGCCAAUCUUCAAUCCAAAAACGCUCAAGAAAGAUUUUGAAGCAGACAUCAUUCUCCUCACGAAUUUGAUCGACAAGCUGAACUAUGGCAUUGUUCAAAAAUGGAAGAAAGAACUUUUACGAGCUCAGAAUUAUCGAUCAAAUAACAGCAUCUUCGAGGUUCGAGGAGAAAUGUACAGUCUUUUCGGCUACACUGUUUUGAACAAAUUGAUGGUGAUGAAGACUUACUGGCUGGGGCAAAUGUUUACGAACUUGAAAAUUCUUGACGUGCAUCUGGAGGCGCUGGAGACGUACCUGGAGUACCUGAAAAUGAAGAUUUCCCAGGCAAAUGACGAAAACUUCCGAAAUCUGAUGGAAGCUCACCCAAAAGCGGCAAGUGAGGAUCUCGCCAUGCACACGCUCAAAGAAGACCACUGCGCGAGCUUUUGGGAAAAUACUCAGCGAGAUCUCGUUCCUUGCUCGCAAUUCGCCGCCGAUCACAAUUCGCACGUCAUUCUCAACGGAGACAUCAGUUUUACGAUAAAAGAGAUCAUCGAAAAUGAUUCGUCAAAAGUUCACGAGCUCAUGGCAAAAAUCGUCGUUUACAUGAAAAAAAUCAGCCUCCCGGUGAUUAAUUUGCCGGUAAAACACAAAGACACCAAGUUCGAACGAUAUCACAAAUUCAACACCGAAUUUGGAUACUCGAUCGCUUGGAAUUUGACGGUUUUCAGGGAUUUAUGCUUCAAGGAUAUUAAUCAGAGAAUAUUCAAUUUGAACACUUAUGCAAAAGAAAAAACAAGACAACUCCGAAAAUUCGAAAAGACAUUCAAUUCAAUGAACGAUCAAUUCGACAAGUACGAAAUCUCCUGCCUCCACCAAGAUGCUUCCGAUAACGAAAUCGGCGUUCGAUGUACCCCAGCUAUCGACGAACUCGAACGAAUUUUCCGACAAAACAAGGGCGAAAAGCUUCUUGAAACGCCGAUAAAUGUUCUGGCGGCCAGUCAGGACAGCCGAUUUACCGGUAGUGGAAUUCGUUCUUGCCAUUCUUGUGGCCAUGCUCUUUCAUAUUGA